CUCGUCGCCGUUUAAAUCGAUUCUUCGCAGAUGUUUCUAAAAUACUGUUUUCAACAACUCCUUUCGGAAAUACGAUUAACGAAUGCAUUUGGUCAUUAGACUCAUUAUGAAAGUACUAUUGGAUAAGAUGUUUUUCGGUCCCGUAAAUCUCUGCAAAUACCUUUGUCCACUGAUCUCUAGCGACUUGUCAUCUGCACUGUUGAUCGUCAUUCACCAGUCAUGCGUGCCGGUCCGACGGCAGCGACGUGUAGGCGCGUUACGUUCAUACAUACACGUACGAAUAGCAAAACAUGCUGAGAUUUUUGGUGAUUUGUGAGCUUUGUAAUCCAAUUUACACCGUUGCUUGGUCAGUAUAAAGACUGUUAUAAAUAAGUGACUCACCGAGAUCCAAAUGUUCUUGUUCCGGAGAUGCUCGAUUCGAGUUAUAACGUCGAGUAGACGGAGCACCCCUGUACAAGCAGCUAGGUUAUACAGCGCCGAACGACUUGAGAAAUAUGAUGCCCCGGUUUCAGCGGACGAUGAUUUCAGCAACGUACGUAGGGAAGAAUUCAAAUCUUUGAGAAUCGCGAUAUUGGGGCUACCGAACGCGGGGAAGAGUACUCUUAUCAACCAGCUAAUCCAUCAUCAGGUAUGUGCCUCGUCAAUGAGGAAGCACACGACCCGUAUGGCAUGCCGUGCCGUCCUACACACAGACACCACAGAGUUGGUAUUUGUAGAUACGCCUGGUGUCGUCACGACCCAAGAAGUCAAACGUCACAACUUGGAGAGUAGCUUCCAAAGUGACCCUGAAGUCGCCCUAAAACAGGUAGAUGUUGUAGGUGUUCUCCACGAUGUAUCCAGAUCCAGACUUAGACAAGAGAUACUUCCAGAAGUACUAAACCUGUUGAAGACCUUGGAUUCUGAUACGCCAACUUUAUUAUUAAUGAACAAAGUUGAUCAGAUAAAGAAUAAACGAAGGUUGUUAGAAUUUGUUAAUCACUUAACUGGUGAAAAUGGAUGGCAAAACUUUGCAGAUAUCUUUAUGUUGUCUGCAUUGAAUGGGGACGGAGUGUCGGAUUUAAGGGAAUACCUCCUUGUUUCGGCAAAACCUCGAGACUGGGACUACGAAAAAGAUACUUUAACUGAUCAAAAACCAGAAGAAAUGAUUAUACGUAUUGUACGUGCCAGCCUCCUAGAUGUUCUUCCAGCAGAAAUCCCAUACAACCUCAACAUUCAGAUGGAAUAUUACAACGUUUGCGAGGAUGGAAGCAUCAAUACUUUUGUUCUGAUCGAAUGUCCCAGUGAGCGAUUGUACAAGCUAAUUCUUCGCAAACUGAAAAGCAAGUUGAGAUAUAUGGCUGAAAAGGUAGAACAAACACUAAGUAAGAAUCUUCAACAGACCGUCAGAGUAAGAUUGGUUUUCCAGCCAAAAAGAGUAACUUAAGUAUACAAUUACAUGAUAGCAUCAGCGUGUAUAUAGUAAUAGUAAAGUAUCAAUUAUUCUUUUAUAUCUCCUUGUACACUCCUUGGUAGUUCAAUAAAGUCUACCAACUGCGUAUGAUUCGAUUUCGA